AUGCCCCGCGAGCUUCGCGGCAGAGGCAAGCCGAUGCCGGGGGACAAGUUCGUGCGGGUUGGGCGGUGCCCCAGCACGCGAAAGGAAGUGACCAUCUGCUACAGAACUCUCGGUGACCCCUCCAACCCGUGCUUGCUGCUCGUCAUAGGCCUCGGCGGCACCUUGGUUCACUGGCCGUGGGGUUUUCUGGAAGAGCUCCUCAACGAUGGCUUUUACCUGGUUAUAUUCGACAACCGUGACUCGGGCCUGUCGACCCACUUCGACGGCUACCCGACCCCGUGCCUCCUCUGCAUGGUAUUCCAGUCGUGGUCCCCCCUUUGCGGAGGCGCGCCGCCCUACACGCUCUACGACAUGGCGUACGAUGCCUGGGGUUUGCUGACGGCACUCGGGAUCCAUCAGGCGCACAUCUUGGGCACCUCCAUGGGUGGCAUGAUUGCGCAGUGCAUGGCCAUAGAAUGCCCUGCGCGGGUGCUUAGCCUCUCGGUUCUCUACUCGCACAGCAGCGGCCCGUAUGUGAAGCCGCAGGCGUGUCGCGUGACGCUGGCGUUGCUGGACAAGCCUGCCAGCAUGUCCAUGAAGGACGUCGUGGAUUAUGUUGUUCGCAGUGACUGCCUCUUCAGGGGUGACUACCCGCUGGACGAGAAGCAUGUGCGCGAGGUUGCCGUGACUAACUUCACCCGAAGCCCUCCCUACAAGAGCGGGUUGCUGCGACACGUAUGGGCGGUGCAGCGCGCGAAGAAUCGAGAGUGUGCGCUUCGCCAUCUGAGAGGCUUUCCAGUGCUUAUCGUACACGGCAGGAAAGAUUUGAUGAUACCGUACCAAAACGGCUUGCGGCUGGCUUCUGUGAUGUGGAAUGCAAAGCUUGUUCUAUUUCCUCACAUGGGGCAUUCUAUCCCGGCGCCGCUCUACAAGGAAAUCGCGUUGGAGGUCUGCUUGCAGAAGCUGCGCAUCGUGGAGCAAGUGCCGCGGUAG